AUGCCCGAGUCAGAUCCAACCCUCAACGGUCUAGCUGCUGCCAUCACGCAAGCAGCAAGCACCAUCUCCUCUUAUAUCGAUGAACAUAAGCUUCCUGCGCCAUCGUUUGCAGAAGGUGGCCCCGAGAGAUACCCGAUGGCUCCGGAAGUUCAAAUAGCCCGCCUUCAGCUCAUGGAGUCGGCGACAGAUUUGCUGCAUCUAGCUAUGGGCCCAGAAAGUUACAGUUUGAUGCACCCUGUGUUCAAUAAUCAUGACACUAUGGUGAUGGACGUUCUAAACCAAUUUGACUUCUGGUCCGCCGUCCCUGCUGGUGGUUCUGCCACUUACAGCGAAAUUGUCGAAGCGACUAAGUUGCCCGAGGAAGUAGUACGUCGCAUAUUGAGAUACGCAUUCACCAUGCGACUAUUUGCCCCCGUUGGCCGUGAUUCAGUCAAGCAUACUGCUACAUCGGCGUUUCUAUUUAAAUUUCCCCCUAUGCGCAGCAUGAUUGCUCACAACGCCGAGGAAACCCGUAUCUCAGAUUACUAUUUCCCGGAAUCGCUAAGGAGAUUCAGUCUUGGAAAACCCACUUUGAGCCAGGAGGUUUACGAGUCCGGUUGGGGUGUCGCCGAUGUCGACAAGACCGGCAAACUUGUAUCGUACUGGGACUAUCUUAAGGGUCAACCACAAGGGAAACCUGAAGGGUUCAGAGAAAAACGCUUCGCGGAAGCUAUGCAAGCCGCUGCUGCGGUUGCAGGAUUCGGCAUCAAUGAAUAUAUGAGGGAUAACUAUGACUGGGCUAGUCUCGGUGAAGCAAAGGUCAUCGAUAUUGGAGGAUCUAGUGGUCACGAUGCCUUCGUUCUCGCUGCAGCAUAUCCCAAGCUAUCACUUGUUGUUCAAGAUCGACCCGAGCUUGAGCCUGCUUUCCGCUCCUUGGUUCCCAAGGAAUUAUCAGAACGAGUCAUUUUCCAAGCUCACGACUUUUUUACUCCUCAGCCAGUCAAGGCCGAUGUCUACAUUGUCAAGCAGAUUUUCCACGACUGGCCUGACAAAUAUGUUGUUAAGAUUUUGGAGAACCUUGCAACCCACCUCAAAUCUGGCAGUCGUCUUGUGAUGUUUGAGUCCGUCUUUCCCAGCCUGGACGCUGAGGGCAAAUACCCCUUGCCUCGAGCAGCUAUGCGCAUGCUUGCCGCUACGGAUCUUCAAAUGCUCACUCUCUUAAAUGCUGUAGAGCGGACCUUGGAGGAAUGGCACACGGUUGUUAAGAAGGCUGACGAGCGGUUCGAUGUUCGAGUGGUCUCAUCGUCUCCACAAUCUCUCCGAAGCAUUAUCGAGGUUGUAUACAAAUAA